AUGGCGUAUGUAUUGGCGGUUCGCUCCCUGGCUGUCCUCUCCGCCAUUUUCUCCACUGUUGCCGCUGCUCCAGGGGUAACAAGAAGCUUGAGCCCAUACACGGGCGGGGACACAUCAGGAUGCGGAAAGACUCAUAUCUUCCAAGGCAUUGGCCUCCCAAUCUAUCGUGGGGUUAAGUCUAGCAAUAUCGAUCGCAGUUACAGUGUGCAUCUACCCUCCAAUUACGACAAAAACCAUCAAUAUCCCACUAUUCUCGGCUUUCAUGGCUCUAGCAGCGUUGGGCUUUUCUUUCAGGCGGAUACCAAGCUCGAUGAGGCACGGUUCACAGGAGACAAAAUCAUGGUGUACCCCAAUGGCUUGGGAGGUGCUUGGGCCGGUGCCAACUACUCCAAGGCCACCGUGAGCCAGGACUUGCAAUUCGUUUGGGAUCUCCUCACCGACUUGCGACGGAAUUUCUGUGUUGAUAGUGCACGAAUAUACGCCACGGGUUUGUCCAUUGGCGGCGGGUUCGUGGACACAAUAGCAUGUAACAGCACUGUGGGAGGCGAGUUUGCCGCGUUUGCGCCAGCAUCUGGAUCCUUUUACACCAAUAACGACGCCAACCAUGAUCUCUGCAAACCUGCGCGGGUUCCAACACCUAUACUGGAGUUUCAUGGUGGAGCGGACACGGAUGUUAAAUACGAGGGUGGCCAAGGCGAGGGUGGUGGUGAGCCAUCCAUCGUGAACUGGCUUAGUAGGUGGGCGACACGGAACUCUUGCGACACGCCAAACAACCAAGAGGAUUUGUUUGGCGGUGAUGUGCACCAUCUUAGCUGGACAUGCCAAGGGCAGGACGGAGUAGUUCAACAUUACAAAACUGAUGAUCAAAAGCACGACUGGCCGUCAACCGAGCCCAACUUCUCACAGUUGGCUGCUGGCGAUAAACCCACGCACAUUGACGCCAGCGCGAUUAUUCAGGACUUUUUUAUGCGAUUCACGCGCCCUGGAAGCUGA